AGGCUUGAUGGCUCAGAGGCAGGGUGGGUUUGGCCAUGCCAGAAGCCCAGAGCUGUUUGUUUCUGGCUGACUGGGAGCUCGCAAGAACCCAGGAUUUCUCCCAGCGCCGCAAGCGCCUGGAGGAUGAGCUCUGCCGGCAGCAGCUGCAGAUUCAAAGUGCCUUGUCCUCAUUGGGCGCGUGGCUGGCUGUCUUAGACAGCCGGCGCAAGCUGAACGAGGUAGCAGCCAGCGCUGCGUCCCAGGCUUUGGAGGACUUGGAGAGUCGCUGGAAGCCGCUGCGCCUGGAGGCGGACGGGGCUGUGGCGGCUUGGCUGGUGGCUGCAGAGCGGGCUUACGUGGCGGGCCUGCAGCGCCGUGCGCAGGGCUGGGCCACGGCGGCGCCUGAGGGUGGUGCGAAGCUGCGGCAGCGGCAGCAGAGUUUGUCAGACCACCUGGCGGGCCCCGUGGUGCAGGCCGUGCGGGCAUGGGACGCUGCCCACCAGGAGGCAGAGGCGGCGUGGGCCAGCCACCACGAACGCGUGGAGGAAGCUUCUCGAGCCAUCGCCUCUGAAAAGGCGCCUCCCGACUCUUGGCUAAGCGAGGUCCGGUACCGGGAGCGGGCGCGAAAGCACCUGACCGACCAGGCCGCAGUGGAGCAGCUGCUCGCAGCCAGCGCGCAGCAGCUCGCCGCUUUGGAGUCCGAGCGCUCCCAGUACUGGGGCGCCUUUGUGGCUUCUUACCGCAGCUGCGGCCAGCAGCUUGAAGGGGUUAGUGAGACGUGUGAUGCGGAACCUUCCCUGUCAGCUCCUGUUGCCGCAGUGCUGCCGGAACUGGCAGACGUGCCAAACAUGCCCAGUGCAGGUGGGGCUGUUUUGCAACGAGUCAGCGCGGCCAUGAUGGCACCCAGUGGCCUUUUUGGGCUUGGUAGCGGCGGCUGGCGUGAAGGCGCCACGUUAGUUCUGACCAUGCAUGGGUAUUUGCACCUGUUCUACGUAGAUGGGAAGGCGGCGAGAAAGGAAGCCGACAAAGACAGCGAGGAAACGGAAGAGCUAGUGGAAGCUGACAUCAAAGCUUCUGUUUACGCGCCCCUGGCUACAAAGUGCGUAUUCCAACGCCGGGGCCAGGAGCUGAUCCUUGACCUUGCUGAGCAAGAGGCCGCUGCCGCGCCCGAGAAGUCCCCAGGCUCAAACCUCCGGAAGUGGUGGGCAGGCAAGCCUGAUGCGGCGCCUCUGCGGCACAUCCACGCACGGCUCACGGACCAGGAGCAGUUCGGCCAACUGGAGCGAAGGUGCCAUGAGUUUGUCCGCCGCGGCCAUGCUUUGCGGGCCAACGCGUCUGCAGGGUAUAGCUGAGGCUUUGUGGCAGUAGCUUGAUCGGAACCAACGAUCCGCC